CAGACUGUUAUCGAAGUCGAGUAUGCUCUUCCUCUUCGAUAAACGCAAUAUUUUGCAAUAAAGUAAAUUAGUUUUAAAACCACAGUGGCGAGCACUUUCUGAGCAACUCGGCAGCCGCAAGCACUGUUCGCGCGUAUCCGGUGCACAGGGUGAGCCCUUCGCGAACGCGAUACACCCCACUACGCUCGAAUUGUCCCGAAAUCGUUGUUUUUGUUGUGUGUGGUGUUGGCUAGUGUUGUGCUCUUCAUUGCCUUCCGUUUUUGCUCUGUGUAUCUGUGCUCGGGUUCACCAAUCCAAUCGCAACGGCCAACUGAUGAGUCUCAAUUGUGUCCAUUAACGCGACGCGAGUAGCACCCACCCACCCUCCUCCUCCCCCCUCCAACACUUGCCAGUUGGGCCCGCGCCCCACUUCACACCAUCACCGCCAACGCCAGCGCCCCACCCGCAACCCCUCCUCCAAAUCCGAAACGAAAACCAAAUCCCAAUCCAUAUAGUAAUACCCAACCCAACCACUGCGAGAUGGCCAGCAGCAGUAGCAGCAACAGUUUUGGGGGCGUGGCCGGCGUGAACGGGGAUCUGUGGCGCGAGUGCGUCGCCUGGCUGACCAGGUGCAAGGUCAUUCCGCCCGACCACAAGGCCGCCCAGCCGGACGCCGAGAUCCGCAUCCUGGCGAUGACGCUGCGCGACGGCGUGCUGCUCUGCAACCUGGUCAUCCACCUGGACCCCAGCAGCUUGGAUCCGCGCGAGUUCAAUCGCAAGCCGCAAAUGGCACAGUUCCUGUGCAGCAAGAACAUCAAGUUGUUCCUGGACGUGUGCCACAACAACUUCGGGAUCCGGGACGCCGAUCUCUUCGAGCCGACAAUGCUGUACGACCUGACCAACUUCCACCGUGUCCUCAUCACGCUCUCCAAGUUGUCGCAGUGCCGCAAGGUGCAGCAACUGCAUCCGGAUCUUAUUGGCUUCAACCUACAGCUUUCGCCCACGGAGCGUUCCCAUUCGGACGAGGCCAUCUACAAGGACCUGCAUUCCACUACCACCGACAAUAUUGCAUGCAAUGGAACCGGUUACGACCACACCAACACAAAAGAGGAGGAGGUGUACCAAGACCUGUGCGCCCUGCACAGGACGAGUAGAAGCCAGACCGCCUCGUCGACGAGCUUUGAGCAGCGCGACUAUGUCAUCCGCGAGCUGAUCGACACGGAGUCCAAUUACCUGGACGUUCUCACUGCGCUGAAGACCAAGUUUAUGGGUCCGCUGGAGCGGCAUCUCAACCAGGACGAGCUGCGUCUCAUAUUCCCGCGCAUCAGAGAGCUGGUCGACAUCCAUACAAAGUUCCUGGACAAACUAAGGGAAUCGCUGACGCCCAAUGCCAAAGUGAAGAUGGCCCAGGUGUUUCUCGACUUCCGCGAACCCUUCCUCAUCUACGGCGAGUUCUGCUCCCUCCUGCUGGGCGCCAUUGACUAUUUGGCGGAUGUGUGCAAGAAGAACCAGAUCAUCGAUCAGCUGGUGCAGAAGUGCGAGCGGGACUACAAUGUGGGCAAACUGCAGCUACGUGACAUACUCUCAGUGCCCAUGCAGCGCAUUCUCAAGUACCAUCUGCUGCUGGACAAGCUGGUGAAGGAGACAUCGCCGCUGCACGACGAUUACCGCUCGCUGGAGCGGGCCAAGGAGGCGAUGAUAGACGUGUCGCAAUAUAUCAACGAGGUGAAACGCGACUCCGAUCACCUGGUCAUCAUACAGAAGGUGAAGGACAGCAUCUGCGAUAUUCAUCUGCUGCAGAAUGGCAACGGCAGCGAUCUGCUGCAGUACGGCCGCCUGCUUCUCGACGGUGAGCUGCACAUUAAGGCGCACGAGGACCAGAAGACCAAGCUGCGAUACGCCUUCGUUUUCGACAAGAUCCUCAUCAUGGUGAAGGCGCUGCAUAUCAAGACGGGCGACAUGCAGUACACCUACCGCGACUCCCACAACCUGGCCGACUAUCGCGUGGAGCAGAGCCAUUCGCGACGCACUAUUGGCCGCGAUACGCGAUUCAAGUACCAGCUCCUCCUGGCCCGCAAGUCGGGCAAGACAGCCUUCACUUUGUACCUGAAAUCGGAGCACGAGCGGGACAAGUGGCGCAAGGCGCUCACCGAGGCCAUGGAAAGCCUGGAACCGCCUGGCUGCCAAAGCACAGACCACAAAAUGGAGAUCUACACGUUUGACGCCCCGACAACGUGCCGUCACUGCUCCAAGUUCCUCAAGGGCCGCAUCCACCAGGGCUAUCGAUGCAAGGUGUGCCAGAUCAGCGUGCACAAGGGCUGCAUCUCGUCGACGGGUCGCUGCAAACAGAAUCCGGUAAGUGUGCCGCCACCCGUCUGCGAUCGUCAGUUGUCCGAGUUCAAUUGGUUUGCGGGCAACAUGGAUCGGGAGACGGCGGCCCACCGGCUGGAGAACCGGCGCAUAGGCACCUACCUGUUGCGAGUUCGUCCGCAGGGCCCAUCCACUGCCCACGAGACGAUGUAUGCGCUUAGCCUAAAGACCGAUGAUAAUGUGAUCAAGCACAUGAAAAUCAACCAGGAGAACUCCGGCGACUCCAUGCUGUACUGCUUAUCCUCGCGAAGGCAUUUCAAGACCAUUGUCGAGCUGGUCUCCUAUUAUGAACGCAACGAUCUGGGCGAGAACUUUGCGGGGCUCAAUCAGUCGCUGCAGUGGCCCUACAAGGAGGUGAUCGCCACCGCUCUCUACGACUACGAACCAAAGGCGGGCAGCAAUCAGCUGCAGCUGCGCACUGACUGCCAGGUGCUGGUCAUUGGCAAGGAUGGGGACAGCAAGGGCUGGUGGCGUGGCAAAAUCGGCGAUACGGUGGGCUACUUUCCCAAGGAGUAUGUGCAGGAGCAGAAAUUGGCCAGCGAAGAGCUUUGAUAUUACAACUACGAGGUUUACUUUGCACCCAAGGCCAUUACGCCCACAGCGGCAGCCAUUGCUGAAUUGCCAGGAGCAGGAAAUGGAGCUGCAACUGGAAGUGGAAGUGGAUGUGGAACUGGAACUGGAACUGGAGAAGCUGUAGCUGCAGGCGGAGCCAUUCGAGGAGCCGCCAUCGAGGAGGCCGUGGCCGAUGUCGCCAGUCACAGCAACAACAAUUGCAGCUAGAUCGUAGCCUAGUUAAAUGUAUACCUUAAAAUGUAACUUGUUUUUAUUCGUGAUUAAGCCUAUUUUGUUUGCCUUCCUUUUAUUUUCUUUUCUUUUUUUCUUUUUUUUUUUUGCGUCGUCUGCUCGAAACAUUUGUGCCAAUCACCGGAAAAUUACAAAAUCCACAGCAAGCAGCAAUGUUUGUGUGAGAAUGUUUAACGUUUCAAUUGUUUACAACUAUAUAUUGCAAAUAUAUAAAUCUGAGUGUACAUGCUUACAUUUCUAAGAAACUUUAUAGCCACUUAAGUUGUAUAUGUGCGUUUCUUUUAUUUGUUUUAUUUUUUUUUUUCUUUCUCGUUCUUAACUUGUAAUCGUCCCACGUCGAGUGAGGGUUGUGCGAAUGAAAUGAAAUGGAAGGGAAUGCGUAUUUCCAUAGAAACAAAGCUUUAAGAUUUAUAUUCAUAUUAUUGUACUUGUACUGGUAGAUAUUUAACCCUAGUUGAAACGCAAAUGUUAACAUAACGAAAGCAACGCAGCCACAAAAUGUUCGAACAGAGAAUAAGAAUACCACAAUGAAGUAGUAACGACGAUAAGGAAGUAAAAGCUUUAGAAAUAACGAUAGCCGUCAUAUUUACACGAUGAUCAACAUUUUAGGCCAGCCAAUUUAUAGAUAUCUAUACCUAUAACUAUAACUAUACCUAAUAACUAUAACUAACUAUAAUGUACCUAUUUAUAUAGCCAACGAAUCACCUUGCGAACUUGAUGGAUGAUGAGUCGAAAAUGUGUAGUUAGCAAACGCAACGAUGUUCUUGAUAAUGCAAAAAAAAGAUACGAAAGUUUAUUCCGCAAAUAUCAGUCAAAUAUCAUGUUCCCAUUGCCACUAAAUUCGAACUAGUAUUAUUAAUUGCUUAUUCCUAAGCUUUUCAAUGUCAUAUUAGCUGCAUUAAUUGGUGUCAUCAAAAUUGUGUUAAUCAAAAACUAAGCCCCGCUUGAAUGAAAGUUGAGAACGGUGGCAAUUGCUAGGUAAACUAUUUCUAACUAUUUCGCACAGCACUAGGAAUAUGCAAUGUCAUUUUUUAUGCGCACCAAGCACCGGAGCAACAAUAGAUUUAAAAAUGCAUACUAAAAUGCUAGGCUAGAGUGUCGGUUUCAAAAUCUUUUCAUGUGCUAAGUGUUCAAGUUGUGUGUGUGUUUGAGUUGAGGUUUCAAAUUGAAGACACUUCGAUUUCAUUUCGUCGAAUGUCGAAUCCGAAUAGUUAACGUUAGCGAUUCCCAAAGCCAAAGCUGCAUUUAUCACCAGCUGCUAUAGCCGUCUCUUUCGCCGCUCGCCUGCUGUCCCUUUCCCUUUCGCAUCGGCAGCUCCAAAAUUAUUGUUAAGUAAAUGUUGUUCGUUUCAAUUGCAAAUUGUCGCAUCCAGUUUAAUGCCAAUGUAAUGAUGUUUGUGGUUUUUACAAAUAAAUGAAAUGGUUGGGAAAUCGACGAGAGCGCUCCCCUC